AUGUCUCUCGCGUCAGUGUCAAAUUCAGACUGUAGUCCCGCCGUGGCAGAGUGCCGGGCACUCUACGAGCAAAUAUGGCACACGCCUUCGCCAACUGUGGAAUUGGCUCGAUCACCACUGAUGAAGCCUGCAUCACUGUCGUUGACUGUCGAAGAGCGAACACAGCUCACAUAUCAAAGAGCAAGAGCGUUGGCACAAUCUUACAACUUGACAUUGAAAGACGUAGUUGAAAUGACUCCACUAUUCUGGAAACUUCACAUGGACAUGCUCACCGCUAUGGACGGCGGUGCAAUCAACCUCGUCAGCGUCCAAUAUAAUCUUUUUGUCGGCACAGUUGCUCCAUUUGUUGCAACACAUCCGGAAUUGCCAUCCAUUAUCGAGAAGGCAUUGAGAGUUGAUAUCUCAUCACAAUUCAUGCUCACGGAGCUCGGUCAUGGCUUGGAUGCUCGCAAUCUUGAAACAACGGCUACACUACUGCCCAAUGGCGACUUUGAGUUGCAUACCCCGACUCCGAACGCCGCCAAAUGCAUGCCACCCAAUACUCCACGCAACGGACUUCCAACCAUUGCAGUGGUCAUUGCGCGUCUCAUAGUUGAAGGAGAGGACCGUGGAGUCCGCCCGUUCCUUGUUCCCAUGUCCGACGGUACCAAGAUGUGCACCGGAAUUACCUCAAAAGUCUUCCCACCCCGUCCGGGCGCGAAUCCAAUUGAUCAUGCCCUGACCUACUUCAACCACGUCAAGCUCCCACACUCCGCCCUGCUCGGUAGCUUGGAAAAGCCACGAAAUGAACGCGAAAAUUUCCUAUCCACCAUCCACCGCAUGGGCGCCGGAACUCUCUUCUUAGCUGGUGCCUGUAUUCCUCUAAUCAAAAUGUCUGUAUACAACGCCAGCAAAUUCAGUUUCCGACGCCACAUCCUCGGAAACAACGGAGAGCCAAUGCCUGUGAUCGACUUCCGGACGCAGCAUCUUCCCAUCUUGCACGCUAUCGCGCGCGCUCAUGUCCUGCAAGCGUUCCUGAUUUACGCUGGAAGGGAGUAUUGCACUCAGGCUGAUUCGCGCGUCCGCCAUAUCUUUGCAACGACUUUCAAAGCUGUUACCAUUCAUCACUUCAAACAUAGUCUUCAAUCUAUUAAUGAAGGCUGUGGCUGGCAGGGAUAUUAUGAUCGCAAUCAGAUCCUCGCAGCUAGCUUGGAGUUCAACGCAGUGGCAACCGCAGAAGGCGACGUUCGAGUCCUAGCUAUCCGCCUUGCCAGUGAACUUCUGAUCGGCCGUUAUGAGGUCCCACCACCAAAGAACCCCAACAGCGCUCUCGCACGCCACGAAGCAGGUCUCUUCGCCGAAGGACGGGAAUUAAUGAAGCGCUUCGGCAACAAGCACCGCAGCGAAGCCUUCAACCGCACUAUUCUCCCACUGUGCCUUCCUCUAGUCCUCGCCAUCGGUUACCGUAUGGCACUUGAGGCCGCUAUAGACAUGGAAAUUGACCCGAAGCUGCGCGCCCUCUACGAAGCCGGAAUCUUCAAGGAGGAUGCUAGCUGGUUUGCGGAGAAGGGCGGAAUUAGCCGUGAAACGCAGCGCGCAAUGGAGGCGCAGGCCGCCGAUUCCGUUCUUCCGGACUUGGAGCGCUUGGCUGAGGAAACUGGCGUCGAGCCAUAUUGCACUGCGCCUAUGACCUCGCAGGCCUUGUGGGAUGGGUAUGUUGAAGAGUUAGAGACUUUCUCCGGAGAUGCGGUGUGGAAAUUUGAAGAGACUAAGGCCCGGCUUUAA